UCCCUCGCCUUUCCUUCCCCUCCUCUUCUCCGUCUCGAGGAGAGAGACGAGAACUCAACCCCGAGCAGAGAGUACCAAACGCACAAUGCAGUGAGCAAUCAAUCAUACUCCCUCCCUCCCGGCGCCGUAGAAGAAGCAAGAUAAGAACCAGGAGCGUCCGUCCUUCCGGCGAAGCCGCGCGGCAUCUCUCCACUAGGCUGAUUUCCUCUCUUGACUAUCGGCGCUCAUGGCAGAGACCGGAGAUGCAAGUGGUGACUGGCUUGCGCGCCUCUCUGGACUCGGUUCAUAUGUUUGCUCCAAGAUGAACUACCACGAGAAUUGCAGUCUUCAAUACGCCGGCAUCCACACCGCGCUUCACGGAGUCCUCGAAGAAAAGGAGAAGGUGGAGCAAGAAUAUAAGGCAAGGCUUCACCUUAUCGCUGCGAAGGAGGAGCUCGUUAGAAGGAAUGAAGAGCUGGAAGCAGAGAUUCAAUCUUUAAAGAGAAAGCUCCAAGCAAGUGAGGCAAGUGAUACGCCGGCACAGGGAAGUGGUCGUGAGCAUAACCAGUCUGGAAGGCAGGUGCAAAUAACAUCAGUGCAGAAAAGAAAACGGCAAUCUGAGGGACAUGCUGGUGAAGAUGCUGAGGAGCAUGAGGCUGCGGAAAUUCUGUGUGUUAUGAACAAUCAUGAACAAGGUUUGAGUGCUGAGCUUCGCGAUGUUAGAGAAGAAACUUCAAAUAUCAACGCUGAGCUCAUCAAGGGAUUUCUUGAUAUGGGUGGUGUUGGUAGACAGAAUAUCACCGUAAAGUACAUGGGGCAGUUGAGUGAGAGGCCAUUCCUACUGGCAUGCCUUCGGAAGUUUCUCUGCAAAGAAGCCGAGGCGGAAGCUUCUCGGCUGUGCAAAUUUUGGCAGGAGCAGCUCAUGAACCCAGACUGGUAUCCCUUCAAGAGUGACACAAUUGGAGGCAUUUCUGAGGAGACUAUUAAUGACGAUGACGUUAAACUACAAGAGCUGCGGGCUACGUGGGGGGAAGAGUCUUACAAGGCAUUGGUGAAGGCUUUGGUGAAUAGUUUCUUGGAGUUAAAGGAAUGUGGCAAGCUGAGUGACAGAACCAUUGUAGCCCAGCUUUGGAAUUUCAAAGAGGACAGGAAGGCUACUCUCAGUGAGAGUGUUGAGUACGUGUGCAGCAAAGUGAAGAGCCUCAGCAACGAGAAUGUCAGGACCUCGACUUGCGGGAAAAGGGGCCGUGGUGGUGGACGAGCAUGAAGACACUAACAAAAAGAAUAGGGAACUUACUCAGGCUGUCAGUGUCUGGGUACAAAACAUAGAAGCGCUAACUCAUGGUGAAGAACUGAAGACUGAAGAACCUUUUUCUUAUUUUGGCAAACAAAGACUGAAGAACCUGACCUUAGCAAGGAAGGAAGCCCGAAAAGAGCAUAUCGCAGAACAACGCUAUGGUUGUUUCGAUGUUUUCUUCUAUCCGUUUCGAACCAUCUAGAAUGGCCUUGUACUCGGCAUGUUUCGAAUUUCAUCUCAGCUUCGGUAUCGUGUUAAGCUCUGAACUUACUAUGGAUUCACACCGAUGGCUGAAUGUCGGAUGCAUAACAGUAAACCUGAAUAGCAUAUACUAGGAUGUGCGUAUCAUUGGACGACUAUUUGUUGCAAGCACGUGCUGUUUUUUCAGGGAAAACGUCGGGGUAGUUGCAUGUUGCAGAA